CGCUGUGUUCCUCUGUUUGGUUUUGAGCGGCGCUAGACCUGGGCGCGGGAGGAUCUCUGAGGCGGUGUUCCUGCCUGUGUGGCCUAAAGAAGGAUGCAGACAAUAAAGUGCGUCGUUGUUGGCGAUGGAGCAGUGGGGAAAACAUGCCUUCUCAUUUCAUACACCACCAAUGCCUUCCCUGAAGAGUACAUUCCCACCGUGUUUGACAACUACAGCGCUCAGAUGAGUGUUGAUGGACGCACGGUGAGCCUGAACCUCUGGGACACAGCAGGUCAGGAGGAGUAUGACCGGCUGCGCACACUUUCCUACCCUCAGACCAACGUGUUCAUUAUCUGCUUUUCUAUUGGCAGUCCGUCGUCGUAUGCUAAUGUUCGGCACAAGUGGUUCCCUGAGGUGUCGCACCACUGCCCCAGUGUGCCUGUGCUUCUUGUGGGAACCAAACGUGAUCUGCGUAAUGACACCGAGACCGUCAAGAAAUUAAAGGAGCAGAACCUGGCGCCCACCACACAGCAGCAGGGCACCGCACUGGCAAAGCAGAUUAAUGCCGUGAAGUAUUUGGAGUGCUCCGCUCUGCUACAAGAAGGCGUCAGGGAAGUUUUUGCUGAGGCUGUGCGUGCUGUUCUCUAUCCUGUCACCAAAAAGAAUUCCAAAAAAUGCAUCCUCUUGUAGUUAGGCCUGGGAGACUGAUGGAAAUGGACUUGGAGAGCUCAGAGGACGGGUGGAUGAUCCUGGUGUUGAUGGCCAUCUCUCCUUCCUCACUUGUGUUAACCACUCUAGGUAUUGUUUUUGGCUCCCUGAUUUAUUUUUUUUUAUUUUUAUUUUUUUACAGUCACCAAAGUAUGCACACUUUACUGGAACUGAAGAAACUCCUGUUGAUUUCAAAACCACUUUCCCUUUUGACCUCCUUUUUCUCCUUGGAAGAUAUGGUUGUCAAGAUUGCUUGCACUUACCUCAUGGUUAAAAAUGGAAUUGCAAGACACAUGGCAAUAUUUUAAUAACUAAACAAAGCAAUACAGAAAAGUUGUCUCAUAGCCUAAUCUCUGUUAACCCAGUGGUGGAGGAUGAUGGCAUUGUUUACUCAAGCAGUGUCUGAGGGCAGAAGCAACUCUCUUCUACUGCCUGAAGUUUAUAAUCUGUCAUUUUUGUGCCUAACAGGUUAGCUCAAAUCCUCUCUUGAUACAAAAGCAAUGAGGAAUGAUAUUAAAUAUUUAUACACAGAGUUUAACAUCUGAGAAUGAAAAGCUUUCCUGCAAAAACCUUUUUAUUCAUUGUAUUUUGCUAUUACCCAAAAUGACUUUUUUUUUUUUUUUGCUUCUGUGAAAUGAAGUGUUAGAAUGAUGUGCCAUUAUAUUGACAAGUAUAUGCCUUAAACAAAAAGUCACAUCAUGUCUGGAGGAAACAAAAGCCUGCAAUGUAAAGUGCCUACAUGACCGUACAUAAGGAACAGUGUAAGAUUUUUGCAAGCCUUGUCUUGUAGAAUGACUGUUGUAGUGCUAUCAGGUCAUUGUAUACUUGAAGCCCAGACUUCCUUGUUGUCUGUCUUCCCUACUUCACACAACAAUUUAGAGCUCCUAAAUGCCUUAAUGAUGCUUUUGCAUCUAGUGCUGCCUCACCAGUUUAAUUCCAAGUGCCUGACAUGUUUCUGGAUUUGAUCCAUAAUCCUGCCUUUUCCUGUGAAUUGUCUGAAGCCUCAAAAACCUAACUGAGUUGAACAGAAUUGAUUCAGAGUCUAUUAAUUUAGGAAUUGACUCCUUGAACCCUGUGAGCACACAUUUUGGUGCUAUCUACAGAGAGUCAAAUGAAGCUUAAAAAAGAAAAUGGAGCGUUUGUCUUCUGUUUUCGAAGUUUUAGUGCCAGGCGUGUGUGGCUGCUUCAUUCUUAAGCCUCAGUGAUUCAUUCUUGAUCACUGUGUUUCACAGCUUUUCACAGUGAGUCAGUGCUUAGCUCUGGCAGGUAUUGAUGAGAGCAUGUAUUUCUUUCCACAGGCAUUAGUCCCAUAAAGCAAAAUAAUUUCAUACAUGCUUCAAUUUGAAAUGAAUGUGUCCAAGUAUCUAAAAUUUCCAAAAGCAGUCACAACUGAUUUUUUUUUUUUUUUUUUUUUUUUUUGCACAUCAAGUCUCAUGUAUCAAGUAUACUUUUUCUGACUGAAAAUGUUGCUUUUAAAUCACAAGUGAUGUUUCAGUUCAUAUUCAUGUUUCUCAUAUCCAUGUAAAUGACGCCGAGCACUUGCUGCUAUGGUUGUGUAAAGCUAGAUGUGUGUAAGAAUACAAUACAAACAUCUAGGGUCGGUUUAUGCUUAGCACAAGAAAUAUAAGCAUAUGAAUGCAAGUGAUUCUUACACUUGGAAGUACUUGAUAUGUAUAUUCCAUAAGGAGGGGCUUCACUCAGACUGCCAUAAAAAGACAAAUCAGCGAUCAGCUGUACUUGCUAAAUAAUUUGGAUUGUCUGGUUUACUUCAUUUUUCUUCAGAAUGUGUUGUGCUUAACUAGUUUAGUUUUUGACCAUUUUUGACAACUUGCAUUACGUAAACCUGUACAUUAGUGAGGCUUUUUUUUUUUUAAAUAGCUCAGUAGAAGUUAUAAAUGCCAUGUGGUUGCAACUUUAUCACUUUUCAGCGCCUGCACGUGUAAUCGCCAUCUUGAUUUGUGGCUGAUGCAAAAACUGACAUCGCUGAACAGUAGUGUGGUUUCAAAAGUGAAGUGGUACUUGGAUUUUUUUUUUUUUGUGCUCAAUUUUGCACAUUUCUGUGUAUCAAGGCUUAAUUGUGGUGUCUGAGUUAGGCUUCUCAAAUGCUAAUAGCUUUUUUUUUUUUGACUACAAUACUUAGCCAAAGAGUGCCUUUGGAUACAAAGAUAUCAGACUUUGAGCACAAUGACAAAGCAGACCUGUCCAUCCAUCCAUUAUCUGUAACCGCUUAUCCUGUGCAGGGUUGCGGGCAAGCUGAAGCCUAUCCCAGCUGACUAUGGACAAGAGGCGGGGUACACCCUGGACAAGUCGCCAGAUCAUUGCAGUAAAGUGGACCUAUGCUUUUUUUUUUCUGAGCAUAAUAACCAUACAAGCCAUUUUUUGCUUUGUUCUCAUCUUUAUUUGAACAAAUUCCACAAUGUUAAUCCAUUGAACAAUUGCUUGUCAGUGAGAAAAGCCCUCAGAAAACUUGGAUGCAUUAAGUCUGUAGUGGUGUUGCUAAUUAGUCUUUACAAAAGGAUAAAUGUGAGAAUGAAUUGCCAUCUGUUUUGUGUACUGUUCCUUUCAUUCCCCCCGCUAUAACGCUGAUGAAAUUGAGCAGACUGGGCCUGACAUAGCUUCUUGUCUGCCUGCUUUGGUGUAUGGUACUGCAUUUAUACACUGGGAACUUGAUUUUUAAAUUUUUUUUUUUUUUGGUCAAAAUUGUCAUUUUUAUAACAAACAUUUGUAUAAAUGAACUAACAGUGUAAUGAUUUUAAAUUAUGCUAAAUAAAAUUAUAAUUUACAGUU